UAUAUAGCGAGGUGGAGUGGAGCUCCAUUGCUGCCUUGUCUCGCCUACCCCCACCUCCCCUCGAUUCCGGCGUUGUCUCCUCCACCUUAUCGCUAUCUCCAUUGGUGGUGCGAGGCAUUCGAGGCGGUGGUGAUGGCGGAGGAAGUGGCGGCGGUGGCGGGGGAGCUGAGGGCGAGCUUCAGGGCCGGGCGGACGCGGCCGGCGGAGUGGCGGGCGGCGCAGCUGCGCGCGAUCGUGAGGAUGGUGGAGGAGAGGGAGGGCGACAUCAGCGACGCGCUCCACUCCGACCUCGCCAAGCCGCGCAUGGAGUCCUACCUCCACGAGAUAUCACUGGCAAAGGCAGCCUGCAAAUUUGCCUUGAAGGGAUUGAAGAAUUGGAUGAAACCUGAGAAGGUACCUGCCGGCCUCACUACAUUCCCAUCAACUGCACAAAUUGUGUCGGAGCCCCUUGGUGUCGUGCUAGUCAUCUCAGCCUGGAACUAUCCUUUCUUACUCUCGAUCGAACCCGUCAUAGGAGCAAUUGCUGCUGGGAAUGCUGUUUUGCUGAAGCCGUCAGAAAUUGCACCAGCCACCUCAGCAUUGUUUGCAAAGCUGCUACCUGAGUAUGUUGAUAAAUCUUGUAUAAAAGUGGUGGAGGGAGGCGUUCCGGAAACAACUGCACUCUUAGAAGAAAAGUGGGACAAGAUCUUCUACACAGGUAGUGGAAAUGUAGGCCGCAUAGUGAUGGCAGCAGCUGCAAAGCAUCUCACCCCUGUGGCCCUAGAGCUUGGUGGAAAAUGCCCUGCAAUUUUUGAUUCUAAUGUUGAUCUUCAUACUGCCGUUAAGAGACUAGCUGUUGGCAAGUGGGGCUGUAACAACGGGCAGGCAUGCAUUGCACCAGAUUACGUUAUAACAACAAAAUCAUUUGCUCCAGAACUGGUUGACUCUUUAAAAAGAGCUCUGAUAAGGUUUUAUGGGGAGGAUCCUUUGCAAUCAGAAGACUUGUCUCGUAUUGUGAAUUCUAAUCAUUUCUGCAGACUGACAAAUUUGAUAGAAGAUAAGACAGUUUCUCAAAAGAUUGUGUACGGUGGUCAGACAGACGAGAAGCAACUAAAAAUAGCACCUACGGUGUUGGUAGAUGUUCCUCUUGAUUCAGCACUAAUGACAUCAGAAAUAUUUGGUCCCCUCCUUCCCAUCGUAACAGUUGACAAGAUUGAAGAUAGUAUUGAGUUCAUCAACUCAAAGACCAAGCCACUUGCAGCCUAUCUUUUCACCAAGGACAAGAAACUGCAAGAGGCAUUUGUGUCCAAUGUCCCAGCAGGAGGAAUGCUUGUAAAUGAUGUUGCACUGCAUCUCGCCAAUCCGCACCUGCCAUUUGGCGGAGUCGGCGACAGCGGGAUCGGUUCCUACCAUGGCAAAUUCAGCUUCGACUGUUUCACCCACAAGAAGGCCGUCCUGAUCCGCGGGUUCGGAGGGGAGGCAGCUGCUAGGUACCCACCCUACACGACUGAGAAGCAGAAGAUCCUCAGGGGCCUGAUAAACGGCAGCUUCAUUGCCCUGAUUCUUGCCCUCCUGGGCUUCCCCAGGAGAGACAGGCGUUAAGACUCUACUCUUUUCACUAGUUCAGUAUACAGUAUUUGUGCAUUUGAGUGCAGGCCGUGCUGCCAAUGGAAGCCAUUUCCUGCAUUUACAGGGGUGUACAUUAUAUUGUCGGAUUUUCAUGUGUAACUUAUAUUGAAUUAUACAGGGGUUACAUAAAUAAAGUGUGAUUUGUCAGAAA